AUGGUUAUAACUCUGAUGGAAGAUGUGGGACUGUUUACCUUAAAUGGCCGAACUGAAGGCGACGCCCCAGGGAAUUUCACGUUCGCCAAUGCGAAUGUUGCAGGUUUAUAUUGUCCGGGGGUGUUUGAUGGAUGGGUUUGCUGGCCCGACACCGAAGCUGGGAGGAGCGCAAGCCAUCGCUGUCCGGGGUUUAUCGUCGGCUUUGAUCCAGAAAGAUACGCUUACAGAAAAUGCGAGGAAAAUGGGGAAUGGUUUUUUCAUACCGUCUACAACAAAACGUGGUCAAAUUACACAACCUGCGUCAACUUAGAAGAACUUUCCUUUCGACAAACAAUAAUCACCGUUCAUCUCGUGGGGUACAGCAUAUCCCUCGUAGCCCUUAUCGUUUCGUUAGGAAUCCUUACCUAUUUCAAGUCAUUACGUUGUGCCAGAAUUACUGUACAUAUGAAUCUAUUCGCUUCCUUUGCUGCCAAUAACUUACUAUGGCUGUUAUGGUAUAACCUUGUCGUUGGAGAUCCUGAUCUGGUGUCUGCGAACAAGAUAUGGUGUCGAGUACUUCACGUUGUGCUUUACUACUUUCUACUGUCGAACUACUCCUGGAUGCUUUGUGAAGGGCUAUACCUUCACACAGUGCUCGUAUCGGCUUUUAUAUCCGAAGUUCGCCUGUUGCGAUGUAUGUUACUUUUAGGAUGGGGCAUUCCCGCUUUGACGAUCACCCUUUACGCCCCCAUUCGGCAUUUAUCUGGAGACGCCGUCGAAACAUCAGCGUGUUGGAUGAACGAAGGUCGUUAUAAUAUAAUCCUCCAAAUUCCCGUAUGUGCGACAGUGUUCCUUAACGUAAUUUUCCUCUUCAAUAUACUGAGGGUACUCCUAAUCAAACUAAGAAGAGGACCGCACAUGCAUGGUGCAGGAAGUUCGGGUACAUCGAGAACGUCAUUGCAGGCUUUAAGGUAA